GUAUAAAAACCGGACGGAUCUUAUAGAUCAACAUCAUUCAGUUUCUCGUUCCAGCAAGACAGUCCCAUUUCAGAAACAAUUCAAAAAUGACUCAAAUCGCUGUUGCUGUUGUUAUGGUUUCUCUUAUGGCAGCCGUAAUGGCUAAUGGUCCAUACGAUGGAACCUGGAAGGGCACUUAUGGACCUUACGGUGGCAAGGUAGACAGCUAUGAUGCUGUCUCGUACGAGAAGAAAGGCAAUUACGGAUACGAUGGCCCAUCUUACGGUUACGAGAAGAAAGGGAGCAACUACGGUUACGACGUUUCGCCUUAUGGAUACGACGGAAGAGGAAGCGGAGCAACAUCGUACGGAUACAAUAAGAAAUACAAUGCCCCCUCAUAUGGUUAUGACAAGAAAGUAAGCUACGGCUAUGAUGCUGCCCCAUAUGGAUACGAAAAGAAAACAAAUUAUGGCUAUGAGGCUCCGGCUUACGGUUACGACAAGUAUGAGAAACGUCAAUCUUAUGGCAGGUAUUAACCAACUUCCAACCCACUUCAGCCCGAUUGCCAAACGAGAAAAUGCAUCUGAAUUUCUGGCCAUACGCUAGUUUUUAUAUUUAACGUAUGUGUUAUGUGUUAUUGGAAUUUAUGAACGUAAAAAAAAGUUCUGUUUGAAAAAAAAAGGAAUAAUAAAAAUAAAGCGUUAAAA